AUGUGCGGAAUACUAUGUCAUGUUGUUCCCAGUGGCACCAAUUUGCCUCGUGGUGGCAUGGACAUUGCGGCAGCUAUGGAGCGAGAUAUAGAGGGAAAAAGUUCCUGCACGAACGAAGACCAUGUAUUUGAUGAUUUGGUUCCAAAGAUCGUGGCUCGUGGCUCUAAUUAUUGCUCUUUCAAAAGCGAAGCGUUCUCACAGGGAGGCGGUUUUGAAAUGUUUUCUUCCGUUCUUUCGUUGAGGGCGCCGUUUACCCCACAACCUCGUACUGAGGAAUUCUCGAGGUGGAUCGUACAGUUCAACGGCGAGCUGUACAACGAUGAAUUGGACCACGAUGGCGAGCAUUAUAACGAUACAGAGUAUAUAUUUGAGUCUCUGGAGAGGCUUGGGGAUGUCUUCAAAGUUGUGGAGAAGCUCGAAGGAGAGUUUGCCUAUUGCAUCCUGGACAAACUGGAACAAAAGGUGUACUUUGGAAAGGAUAUCCUGGGUAAAAAAGCCCUCGCAUAUUCCGUGAAGGCCAAUGGUGAGCUUUAUGUGUCAAGCGUGCAUCCAACCUGUCAGUGUCGCUCGAACUUUGAAGAAUGUGUCAAUGCAAAGGUGUAUGUAUGGGAUAGACAAUCAGCCCAUCUGGAAGUACUUGCCCACACUGACCACCCAGAGAUCCCAAAACCGUUCCUAGUGAAAGAGGAUGUUCCUGACAUGUUGUCUGAUGAUGUGGUGAAAGCCGUUCACAAGAAACUAUCUCAUGCGAUCAAAAAGAGAAUCGAGACCAUCUUUGCCCUCGAUGAAACCAAUUCUGCAUUUGCCAUUCUCUAUAGUGGUGGAAUUGACUGCACUUUAAUUGCUGCCAUUAUUGCAGAAACUUGCCCUCCAGGCACGCAGAUUGACCUUCUGAAUGUUUCGUUUUUCAACCCAAGAACGGGUGUCGAACCUGGCUCUACACCUGAUAGACUACUUGCACUGAAAGGGUGGUCUGAGCUUCAGAGAAGGUAUCCUGCUACCACUUUUAAUUUUGUGGAAGAAGACGUUUCCUACGAAGAAUAUCUUGCCCAUAAGGAAAAAGUUGUCAAUCUGAUAUACCCAAACAACACAGAGAUGGAUCUGUCGAUUGCCAUUGCCCUAUACUUUGCCGCAAGAGGAAAAGGCAAAAGGGUAGUUGGUGAGUCAAGAGAACCAUAUUGUAGUGAUUGCAAGGUACUUAUAAGUGGACUGGGAGCUGAUGAGCUGUUUGGAGGGUAUACCAGACACGAAAGGAUAUACACUGGAGUCAGCCAAAGGACGAAGAAAGCUCUUAAACAGGAUACUGAACCCGAGGUUUCACAGACUGAGCUGCAGAGUUUGAAAAAAGAUCUUAGAGAAGAGCUCCAGGGAGAACUGGAUAACAUCUACCGUCGUAAUUUGACGAGAGAUGACAAGGUGAUGUCUUGCUGGUCCAAGGAAGUGAGAUUCCCAUUCCUUGAUACCGGCGUGAUAUCAUUAGCAUGUGACCACGUUUCCCUUGACCUUAAACUUAACUUCAACGAAGACACCGGUGAGAUCACCAGAAAGCUGGUUCUUCGUCUGCUGGCUGCCCGUUUGGAGCUAGACUGGGUGGUGAAUGAGCCCAAGAGAGCCAUCCAAUUCGGCGCGAGGAGCGCGAAGAUGGAAAAGGGAACAGGAAGAAUGAAGGGAACAGAUAGAAUUUCUUAG